AUGCGCCUGCCAGGACCGCGAACAAACAGCGGCGGCGAGGCCGCAGCAUGCGGGCGGGGCCGGGAGACAGUGGGCGGGGCCGGGAGGCGGCGCCCGGUGAGGGUCCCCGACCGCGGGACCACGCCCCCUGACACCUCGUGGCUCUAUUUUGGUUUCAAUUUAAAAAUCCUCAUCCUUCUCCCGGUCUACGCCCUGCCCCUUCCCUUUCUCUUUACUCCACGGAAAAAAUCAGACCUCAGCCCUGCCGUCGCUAGUGCCGGAGGCGGGCAAGCUGGGCUGAGUGGGGCCCGGGCGGGCAGGGAGCGAGGUCCCUUGACCUCCACCCCGUGCAGCAUACUCAGGUGGUUCCCGAAGUUUCGGAGCACACAGGAGGUGUCCAUCUCCGACGCUGAGUGGUGCUCGGUCCCUCUGGAUCUGAAGUCUGGGGCCCAUGCCCAUGAGAGGGAGACUGUGCUAGGGGAGACAUUUCCACCCCUACAGAAGCGCUCUCUGGAAAACCCUUCCCCGCGUCUUCUGGCCAGAAGGGGCUCCCUCUGCACAGCUCUGGGGACCCCGGCCAGGCUGACUUGCAGCUGCACCUGCAGCGUAUGUAAGUUCCCAGGAGAGGACCCAGCGUUAUCCCUGUGA